AUUCCAAGGCGUCGGUCAUCCUACUCCACGAGGGCCAAACGUACCACCUCUCGGGUCCUCAGCACUUCUGCUACAAGAACACACGUGUCCCGCAAUGGUACGACAUAUGGACCAGGAUGCAGAUCCGGAUCAACAGCAGCCAGAUGAUCCGAGUCACCCAAGUGGACAACGAGGAGGAGCUGGAGAAAUUCAACCUGUGGAAUAUAGUUUUAUCCUUCCUGAAGGAGAAGCUGAACGACACCAGCAUCAAUGUGGAUUUCUACAGCAACAAAACCUGCCUGAAGGUCGAGGUGCUGGAGGCCGGCACCACGUACUGCGUCAUCCUCUACCGACGGUUUGACCCUAAGCUGUUCCUGGUUUUCUUCCUGGGCCUGUUGUUGUUCUUCUGUGGGGACAUGCUGAGCAGGAGCCAACUCUUCCACUACUCAGCCGGGAUUAGUUUUGGUGUGCUGGCCUCUCUGCUCAUCCUCAUCUACAUGAUGUCCAAGGUCAUGCCCAAGAAAAAUCCUGUUUACUUCCUGCUGGUAGGAGGCUGGUCCUUUUCCUUGUACCUGCUUCAGCUCAUCUUCAAGAACCUACGGGAGAUCUGCAAGUUCUACUGGCAGUACCUCCUAGGCUACCUGCUCUUCAUGGGCUUCGUCAGCUUCGGCGUGUGCUACAGGUACGGCCCGCUGGAGGACGUGCGGAGCAUCAACCUCCUCUCCUGGGCCCUGCAGCUCCUGGGCCUGUUGCUGAUGUACUCAGGCAUCCAGAUCCAUCCCAUCGCCUUGGCCUUGGUGGUCGUUGCUUUCUGCAUCAAGAACCUGGAGUACCCCAUGCGCUGGGCCUUCGUGGUCUACAGGAGAGUGCAGAGCACCAGGCUUGGGCCGAGCCCCCCUCGCCUGCUGACGCAGGAGGAGUACCGCAUCCAGGGCGAGGUAGAGACACGCAAGGCCCUCGAGGAGCUUCGACACCACUGCAGGAGCCCGGAUUUCUCUGCCUGGACCAUGAUCUCCCGCAUCCGGUCUCCCAGGAGGUUUGCUGGCUUGGUGGAUGGCGCCUGUCACGUCACCCCCCAUGAGGUUUCUGUCCACGAGCGGGAGUACGGCCUGAGCAGCAUCUUCCUGGAGGAGGAGGAACAGGAGGAGGAGGAGGAGGAACAGGAGGAAGAUGACUCCUUGGGCAAGAAUCACAUGCGUUACGCGCUGACCGACAACUAUCUGGACACUGAGUGA